UGGAGAGCCAAGAGCCCGAGUUUAGAGGACCGAUUAGGCUCUCUCCAGAAUGUGAACUCAUCACCGACGCAGACGAAGAGGUUUUCAUUUUGUACUCCGAGAAGCAGAUCAUCCGCGCUCCCGAGGUGGCUGAUAAUUUUCGCGGACUAGGGUACCUCGACUCGCAUAAGGAUGUUCUUGACCUCAAAUUCGAGCUCACGAAUAUCGCCGAUCUAUGUGAUCAUCACGAUGACAGGAAGCGAAAGAGGCGCCCGAAGGCAUCAAAGGAUACCAAAGGAACUGACAAAAGCAUUGAGAUCCAACUGCAUCAGGACAAGACCGCUCUUCGAAGCAGGAAAGGGGACACUGGCAGUGUCCUGUGGAAAGCGAGGAUCGACUUUGCGCAGAUGAUAUUGCAGGAUUACUACUCACACUCCGAACGCAGUCUCCUGAGAAACGACCUUCUUCAAUCCCAGCACAUCCUGGAACUCGGGGCCGGAACAGGACUAUUAGGUGUUGCAUUCUCGCCUCUCGUUCGCCAAUAUACCGUAACAGACAUCGGAGCCUUGAUACCCCUCAUCCAAAAGAACAUCGUUCUCAAUUCUUCCUCCUCACGAUCUCCCACAAACAUCUCAGCCCAAGAACUUGACUGGCUCACGCUCUCCUCCACCCCUCAUUCGCUCCGUCACAAAAUAUAUGACACACAAGCGGACCCAGUCGACCUUCUAUUAGCCGUGGAUUGUCUGUACCACCCCUCCCUUAUCGCCCCAUUUGUGGCGACGCUGGAUUAUCUAACAAUUCCAGGCCGCACGGCAGUGCUUGUGAUGUCAGAGCUGCGAGCGGAGGACGUCAUGAGAGAGUUUCUGGAAGCUUGGCUAGGGCUGGGAGGCUGGGAAGUAUCGCGCAUUCCUAAUGACAAUAUCGGCAAGUGCUACGUUAUCUGGGGUCGAUCAGCUGCUUUUGGCAAUGGCAAUCCCAGUGAUGGCACCUACACAGCCACACAAACCCGAUCUUUUUAUCUCUUCUUGGACGUCGACGUCAACCAACAAGACCGAAAGGAAGAGAUGUUCUUCUAUCUAUCCUUUCUCCGCCCACCACCCCUGCAAUCGCCUCUCUCAGGCACCAUCCAAAUCACACCCCAAAUCUCGAACGACCUCCGCACAGAGACCUUCGGCAACGCCCAAGACCUGUUCUACACCUGGUCACUAUCCAUCCCAUCCCCUUCUCAAGGUCGACUGCAAGAUCACAAAAAGAAUGCUUACCAAAGCAAGGCGACACCAACAAAACUGACCACCCUCCGUCCCUCGACAGCGUACAAACCCAUUCCCGUCCCGCUCCCAAGUGGGGUGCGCGAAGGGCAGCAGUGGACGCUCACUUUGACUUCACAAUCUCCGAGCCAUGGAAAUGAGCGUUCAGAGGUCAUCGACCUCACUAGGGCGGAUGUCGGGCUGGUGCCGUUCUCUGUUAUGUCCAUGCCUGUUCUCUUUUCUGCGCGAGGAGGGAAGAGCGAGAAGAAGCAGGAGAUGGACAAGACAACGGCAGAGGUGGUCUUCGCAGAAAAGACCUCGUUCGACCUGGACAAGGAAAUCUGGGACAGCGGUAUCGGUCUGAGCUCCUGGCUGGUCGAGCUCCUCGAAAAUCCUGCUCUCACCGAGGCGGACCCGCGCCUGCAGAGCGUCCGGUCGGCUUUCUUCUCUCCAGAGCCGAGAACGAUACUGGAGCCAGGCACUGGCAUAGGUGUCGUCUCCAUCGCAGUCUCAGUCCUCCGAUCGGGAUUGUCACAGGAUGCAUCAUCUGAGCGGGCACAGGACAGAAUCAUCGCAACAGAUGUCCGCUCAGCGAUGCCCCUCCUCGAGCAAAACAUCGCGUCCAACUCGCAGUACUACACCUCUGUGAAACCGGAGGCGCUAGUGCUCGACUGGGACGAUGACGAGCUGCCUGACGAAGUGAAAGAUCUAGGAGGGCUGGAUGCUAUUUUGAUGGCGGACGUCUCAUACAAUACCGCUUCUUUUCCCUCGCUCGCGCGGACCCUCUCACGUCUGAUCAGACUCGGACCCAAGCCACCCGUGAUUCUGUUGGGGUACAAGGAGCGGGACGAGGACGAGCGGACGUUUUGGGAGACGGCGAAAGGUGUUGGGAUUCGAUUCCAGAAAGUGGGCGAGAGGGCUGGCGCUGGUGGAGUGCCGGUGGAGAUUUGGGUUGGCGAGGUGGAGGAAUAGC